AUGACAAAUGGUCAUUGGUCAAUGAUGUUGAUGUUCUACUAUAUGUUAGCGGUAGAAUUGUUCGUUAUUCUAUUGUUAAUGUACAUUAUAUCAAAAUUUAAUCAACAAAUAAAUCUAAUUCGACCAUCAUUAGAACAAACAAUUCAAAUAACAAAUAAAGUCCAUCAAAUGAAUAGAUUUAAAUUCAAUUUAAUGAAUUUUUAUCAUCGUAUUGUCAGUAAUAUACCAUGGGGUAUGCGUAUUGGACCAACUAUCGUAUUAACAAAAUUUGUUUUUUUCAAGAUAAUCAUUUUCUAUGCUCGAUUCACUAUGCUUUCUAGCAAAUUUUUUUGAGAAGAGAAAUUUUUUUUAAAUUAAAAAAUUGUAAACUCAAAAUAUACAUUAUAGACAUUAUGAGAUAAUUUAAUUUAACAUAUU